AUGGCCGGCUUCGUCAACGCCCAGAACAAGGUCCCCGAGCACCAGCGCACCUACCAGGCUGCCUACCGAGCCCACACCCGCAUCUGGCGAAUCAACCCCCGAAGCACCGUCUUGUACGUGCCUUUCGUGUGGAUCAUGUGGGGAACCACUGGCGCUAUGAUGUACGCGAUGGGCCGCAAGGUUAUGGGCCACAACAGCUGGUUCGGAAAGGACUAG